CAUCAUAAUCAGUUGAAUUUCAAACACCGAGAGAACGAACUAAACGGAUAGGCUAUUUGAAAUAAGCAGUGAACGAGACUAAACGACAACAAAAACCAAACGGUUCGAUAAGAAACUAAAGAAAAAUAUAUAGCAAAAAUCAUAGAAAAACAAACGAGCGAGGAUGUUAAGGCGAGCGUGAAUGGAAAAACGUAUUAAAAUAAUUGAAAACAAAAAGAUAAAAAAUAAGUAAUGCAAAUAAAGUGUUUCCUAGAGUGUUUGUGACAAAUUAAAUCAAGUGUUUUAAAAAUAGACCUAAGAAAUAUAAAAAUAUUUUAACGCAAAAAAAAGUUCUUCAUCAUCAUCUGCAACUCUAGCGGAAGCUGUAACUCAUCUCAUCCACCUCACAUCCAAAGUAGCAUCACAUUGCCAAAAUGGGUCUCAACGGUUGCUGUUCAUGUGUGAAAUUUUUGAUGGUCCUUUUUAAUAUUUUAUUUUGGGUUAUUGGUUUGGCCAUUGUUAUUGCCUCCGCCUGGCUGCUGACAGAUCCCACCUUUGUUCUGUCCAUGACACAAUCCUAUAAUCAUUAUUACAUUGCGCUCUAUGUGUUCCUGGGUAUUGGUGUUCUUAUUACCAUUGGUGCUUUCUUCGGUUGCUGUGGCGUUCUCAAAGAAUCGCAAUGUCUGCUGGUGUCGUUCUUCUGUGUGAUAUUGGUGGUGAUGGUGGCACAAAUAGCUGCCGGUGCCUGGGCAUUCCAUAACAAAGAUAAGCUAGAUGAUAUUGUUCGAGCCUCCGUCAAAUAUUCUGUACAGGAGGAGUAUGGUCAAUCAAGUAUGAGUUCGCGUACUGUCACGUUUGAUACUAUACAAAAGAAUCUCAAAUGUUGUGGUGCUGAUGGUCCCGCUGACUGGGCUACCAGCCGUUUCAACAACGUAGAUCGCACAAAUAUUGUCGACAUUGCCAUCUCUUCCAUGAAUGUCUUCUACAACAUUCCCGAGUCCUGCUGUAAGGAUGAAUUGAAAGAGAAUGUUUGUGAGAUGUCAAGGAAAUUGAAAUUCGGAGGCACUAUUAAUCCGGCCAUACAUCAACAGGGCUGUGUGGACAAAUUGAUUGAGGUCAUCUAUGAAAACUGGGUAUUGCUCUUUGGCAUUACUGGCGGCAUUGUCCUAUUGGAAUUGUUGGCUUUGACCUUGUCCUUGAGCUUGUGCUGUGCCGUGAGAAGUCAGCAAUACAAGGCCUGAGAAUUACAGAAUUCCCAUAGGGAAAUAUCAGACGAUGAAAAAUACUAACCGUAUUCUAUAAGGCAGCAGCAGCAGCAGCAACAACAGCAGCACACGUAUCAGCAGCAACAUCAGCCACACUCACAGCGUCAGCGUCAUCAUACGCAACAACAACAUCAAUUGCAACAAAGACAACAACAGCUGCAACAAGAACGACUGCAACAAUAUCAUCAGCAACAAGAGGAGCAACAUUGUCAGCCCCAACAUCAUCAUCAUCAUCAUCAUCAGCAGCAGCAUCAUCAUCCUGCUCCUCAUCAUCAUCGCCAUCAACAGUAUGUUGUGCAACACGAACCGCAGCAACAUUUCUAUUGAAGAAACACCAACAAGAAAAUGAAGAAUUGUUAAAGAAGAGAAGAAGAAGCAGAGAAUAUUAUAAUAAAAUUAGGAAACAAAAUGUCUUAAGGGCCAUACAUAUAGAAGCCAAUUGUUAGGACUACUUUUGAAGUAAGGAGAACUGCAAGAUUUUCCUUCUCCAUACAUACUCUGACUCAAUUUCCUCUUUUAAGGAAUCUCAUGUAUUUUUUCUCUUUCACAAUAGAAUCUAAAAAAAACUAAACUCAACCAAAAUGCAAACUUUUGAAACAGAGCAAUUCACAAAAUAUUAUUAUUAUUAUUUUUAAUUUAUAUUAAAAAUUGUAUUUUAUUAAUUUCCUUUUUUGUAUAUAGUCUCUAAACCAAGCAUGAAAAAUUAAAUCUAAAAAUAAACUCUCCAAAACAAAAAAAAAAAAAAUCGAAUAUUUAAGAAAAAGAUUGAAACAUAACCUUGAGAUCAUCACUUAAAAAACAACAACAGCAUUUUCAUAUAGCAUAAUGUCUAAUUAAAAGAAAUGAAAACCCCCACACAUAGAAAAAUAUAACAAAAAACACACACGCAUACAAAACAAAGAAAAUGUCGCAUAAAUUAAAAUAUAAGAAUCUUUUUUGUUAGUUAUUAAAAUAUUAAAAAAAAACUUAAUGUAAAUUUAAGGGACUAAAUUAAAUUUAUUGAAAGAAAAAAAUGAAGAAAACCGAAAAAAUAUAUUUAUAAAACACAAAC